AUGAACAGAAACUUUCUCAUUGCUUCGAUACUCAUCGGAGUUCUUCAAAUAUUGUCAGUCAGUUCUAUUGAACUAAUUGCGUACUUUUCCCAAAGUGGACUUCACGGAGAACUUCAUUUUACGAAUUCAAUAACAAAUCCGAAAUUAGUGAAAGUGAAAGCAUUUCUAGAAGCGACCUUGCAAUACUCAGAACAGAGUUGGUCCUGGGGACUGUACAAUAAUCCAAUUGAUUACUCAAUUGUCGAUCCAAUUGAAAGAUGUAAACGCGAUCGUGUUGGUCGCGAAUUAAUUUCUUUUGAUGACAAACUUGGAUACUUAAUAUUACCUGGUAAUGAAUCAUCAACGUGGAAUGAUGUGGACUUAAACUUGUCCGGUGAAAAUGGCCUUUGGGGUCGCUCUAUUGUAAUGACCAGUGGCAGUGAUAGAAAUGUCCGAAUCUGCUCGACAAUCACUAAUAAAAUUUCAUUCAAUGAACAAAAUGAGAUGGAACAUAAUGCAGAAGCAAAGUUCCGUAAAGGUGUUACUGGUAGCAUGUAUUUCAGGUGGCUCAAGUCUGAGAAAAGUUUCAAUUCUGAUUUGCUGAUUUACUCGAAUUUACAUCAUUAUGGAGGUGCUGAUAAACAUCUUGACUCUUCAUUCCCAACAACAUCAGCAAUCUCACUAUUUUCAUGGAAGAUCUACGCCACAGACAUCUUUGACCAAACAACAGACAGAAUUGAAGAGAAUUGUAAUGUCCUGCAAACAAUCUAUGAUCCACAGAAUUAUGGACCAGGAAAUUCAAUUGGUGACAUCGAUGAUCGAGUUGGAAAGCUAAGGAUUAGUGACAAAUUAAAUGUUAAUGCCAAUCAAGUCUUUCAAGACAAUCAGUUGCAUCUUAUGGAAUCAGACAUAAAUGGACCAUCAAGAAAGCUUUAUGUUGUGAUUUUAGACAGCAGAAAUGACUUUUUGGGAUGUGCUAAAAUUCGAUUAUUAAAGCCUCGUGUCGCUAAAUCAUUUAUCAACUCUAAUGGAAUCAAGGGAGAACUGACACUAAUCCAGAGAUCAAGAUUUGAACCAACAUGGUUAAACUUUACUUUCGCUGCUGCAGAUGGAACUUUACAGUCCAAUUUUGAGUAUGCAAAGAAUAUAGCAAGCUUUAAAGUACAUAAUUUACCACCAACAAAUCUUCAUGCUGAUUACUGCAAGACAAUGGGUGACAUAUUUGAACCAAGACAUGAAUUUAAUGUUGAAAACUAUCCACCACCUGGCUAUGGGACUCAAGAUCAAUACUAUAUUGGAGAUUUGCUUGGUAAAUUGAGUGGAAGGAACAAGAUGGACAGGCAUAAGUACAUAAUCGAGGAUGGAUCGAAUGAACUAAGUGGAAUCUAUUGGGACUUGUUCCUGCCAUUAGCUGGAAGGCACUCAAUUGUUAACCGUGGAUUUUCUCUAAAUCAAUUCGAUCGUUCAAAUCCACAAGACAUAAAAGAGUUUCCAACUGGCUGCAGUUCAUUUUCACUUUAUGAGAGAUCUAAAAACUACCAAAUUCCAAUGCAGACCCUCCAAGCUCAGUUUAGGUAUCCAUUAGUAGGAAAGAUUCUUUUCCGUCAGCCAAAAGAAGAGCCAUGGCAUGACACAACUGUUAUUGUUGAAUAUUUAAUACAUGCUGAUGGUUCAAGUCUUAAUAAUACAGAUGAACAUGAGUGGAGUAUCCACUUACAUGCACCAAAUAUCGAUUAUUAUUCUUGGCAGAAUCGAUGUGUGUCUACUGGUGAUAUUUUCAAUCCAACAAAGGUUCCAACAAAUGAGCGAUGCCUUGAUGAUGGUAAUAAGUUGUGUAGAUUAGGUGAUUUAUCAAGGUUGGGAACAUUGAACAUAGCUGGUGGAAAAAUUGACUCAUUAAGGUACACAAGGAAAUUAUUCACAGACGACAACCUUCCUCUAAGUGGCUUCAGCAACAUUCUUGGCAAAUCUAUAACAAUUUAUGGGAAAAACGGUCCAGUAGCCAGAGGAGAACGUCUUGGAUGCACAAGAAUUGAAGGUUUUCAUCCACGAAAAAUCAUAGCAAAGAACUGGCAUCCAAAUGGAGGUCAAUUACAAUUAAAAGGCAAGGUUGAGAUGUAUCAGCAGUCUGAAUAUGAAAUAACGAAUGUUGAAGUCAGUUUUAAAGACUUGGACGAUACUUCUUGGUAUCAUAUCCAUCAGACAUCAGUUGAGGAGGAUUUAGAAUUUCCAUGCGAAGAUUCAACACUUUAUGGACAGUAUAAUCCAACUCAUAUUAAUCCAAAGUUAUCGCCAUUGCCAGUAGUUGGAACUACAGAUCAGUAUCAAAUGGGUGACUUGUCUGGAAAGUUUGGAACACUCGAUGGACUGACUGAAUAUGCGAUUAACUAUAAUGAUACUCUUCUUCCACUUUUUGGCUAUGAUAACAUUGUAGGGCGGUCUGUUGUUGUUCAUAAACGUGAAAAGUUCUUCAGAUGGGCAUGCAGCACUUUAGAACGAGGAUAUAGUCCAAGUGAAGCUCGAGAGAUUCGUGGAAUUGCUUCCUUCCAUAAUCCACUUGGUUAUGCUUGGGGAUAUUUGAGAAUGACUCAGCUGAUUGGCAAUGAUGGAAGUCAGAGUGACACAAUUAUAGAAGUAAAGCUACGACAUCCAGGAGAUGGCAAUAGAAACAUCACAAGACAUCAUAACUGGAGUGUUUUUGUUAAUCCUGUUAGUGUUGAUGCAACAGUACAGCAAACUGCAACUAGAUGUGUGGCUGGUGGAUAUGUAUGGAACCCACAUUAUACUCAACUUGCUGAUCCUUUGAAUGAUGAACUUUAUAGACAGGAAUGUGGUCGAGAUAAUCCACUGAGAUGUUAUGUUGGUGAUGUCUCAGCAAGAUUAGGCACAAUUAAUAUUGGAGUCGACAGAAUGAUAUUUUCUGAUCCUAAUUUCCCAUUGGAAGGUGACAUUAGUGCCAUUGGACGUUCAAUUGUUAUUUACGGUGCCAAUACAUCAAGUGAACGUUUUGCUUGUGCCAAUAUUGAGCCUGAUUAUGACAUUGUCAAGUAUGUAAAUGUGGAAAGACCACCAAGAUUCGUCCUAUCUCAAUUUAUCGACGAAGUAAGAAGGGUCAUGGCAAUUCCUGAAUGGUUCCUACACAUCGAUUCAAGAACAACUCAAAUUCUUCAUAAUGGUGCCUGUGUGGCUUUUAAAUUGCACUUUAAAGGUCCAAAAGCUCAUCAAUUGGAACAAGAUUUUUCAAAGUUAAUGUCAACUGGUCAAUUAGCAGAACCGUCACUUUAUGUUCCUGGCUAUGUUAAUCAAAAGAGAAAGAAGAAGAUUGCAUACAGAAUCUGUAGUGUUAGGGAUCCAAAUGAUAAGAAGAAGAAACCAAAUCGUAUUUUAAGUAAAUCUUCAUCAGCUGUGCCUCUUACUAGAAUUACAUUCAACAUCUCAUUUAUUUUAAUUUUUCUUCAUUGGAUUUUGUAG